AUGGGAAAAAAAAAAUUGGCAAACUUCCCUUCAAAACCUCGAGUAAAAUCAAAUAAAAAGAAUCCCUUAAAAAGUAAGCGACCAGAAAAUCCCGAUAAAUCAUCCGGAAAAGACAUUUUUGAAAUCGACCGGGAAGAAAUUAGUAAACAGGAACGGCGUCGUAAAAAUAUCGAUGAAAUAGAAAGUUAUGAGUAUACUGGCUCGGAAAAUAUUGUUAAAGAGGAUGACGAGGAAAUUGAUAGUGAUGAAGCAUUUGAUAAUUCGGACGAAGAAAGUGACGAAAACAAAAUGGAUGAGGAAGUAAAAGCUUUAUUGGAAGAAGAUAAUGAUGUACAAGAAGUAAAUGAUGAAAUAAAAUCGGAUAACUUGGCUUCGUUUAUCGGUUCAUUGGAUAAAAAACGAAAAAGAACCGUUGAUGAAGACAUAGACAAACCGAAAAAGCAAUUGAAAGAACAUGCAGAAGUUUUCGAAGAAUCAGAGUAUAAUCUAACCACUAGGGAGUCCCCGAAUAUUAAAAAAAAAAUUGAUUUUCAAGACCUUAUUGGAUCAAUACAAGAAGAAACUGGUUUUAGUAAAUUAAAACAAAAAUUAGUAUCACUAGAAAGUGGUGGUAAGAAAGGAACUUAUCAAGAACCUUUACCCGCUCCUUUACCUUCUCGAAUUCAAGACAAGUUGAAUAGACAAGCCGCUUACGAAGAAACCAAAAAAGAUAUUACUAAAUGGGAGCCGAUUGUCAAGCAAAACCGUGAAGCUGAACAUUUGAAAUUUCCUAUGAAUGUUCCACCUUCGCAUAAGCCAACAAACAAUGUAUUAGCCGCUACAUUCCAACCUUCAACAGAACUUGAAAAAAAAAUUGAUUCCUUAUUGGUAGAAAGUGGUGUAAAAGAAAAGAGUUUACAACAAUAUGAAGAACUUCAAAUGAGUAAAUUAUCGGUUGAGGAAGUUGAAAAUCGAGUCAAGGAAUUGCGUAAAAUGCGGGAGUUAGUAUUUCGCGAAGAAAUCAAAUCAAAAAGGAUCGCUAAAAUCAAAAGUAAAGCGUAUCGCAAGAUCAGAAAGAAGGAAAAGGAAAAAAAUAAGUUGGAUAUUAAACAAUUGGCCGAACUUGAUCCUAAGCUUGCUCGUGAAGAACAGUUAAUACUUGAAGCGACACGUGCUCAAGAACGUAUGACUUUGAGGCAUAAGAAUACUAGCAAGUGGGCUAAGCAAGCUUUAAAACAUGGUCGUCAUGACCUAGAGAGUCGUCAAGCAAUUGUUGAACAACUACAAAGGCAUGAAAAUUUAAAACGAAAAAUUCAUGAUCUGGAAACUGAUGAAGAGUUAAGUGAUUUCACAAGUGAAAAUAGUGAUGACGAAAAAGAUGAUGAUAUUAAUACUAUCAAAGAGAAAGCAUUUGACGAAUUGGCUCAAUUAGAACAAAAAGAGGCUGCAUGCGAAGGGGAAAUGAAGGGAUUAUUUGGAAUGAAAUUUAUGCAUGAUGCUAUGGAAAGGGAUAAAAAUCGUACCCGAGGAAUAAUUGAUGAUUUUGUCGAGGAUUUAGAAAACGAAAAUUUUGAUGAAGAAAAUACGAAGAAAGAUGAAACUAUUGAAUCCAAAAAGAGUUCAAUAGUUCAUGUUGGAAACAAUCUUGGCAGGAUGAUAUUCGGAGCAGGUUCUAAAAAAUCGACUUCAGAGCAUGAAAUUAAAAUCAAAAAGUUAUCAAAAUCGACUUUUGAACCAAAUUCUUCACUCAAAGACACUUCAGAAAAGUCAAAAGUUGAUAGCAUUUCAAGCAUUCCAGUGGAAUCAAUGAAGAUUGAUUAUUCUUUGGAAACAAACUCUGAAGAAGAAGUCAAUCCAUGGCUUCAAAAUGAUUCGUCUAAAAUAAUAUUGUCCAGCAAAAAGAAUAACAAAGGUAUUGUAAAAGAAAAUAACAAGUCCGAUAAGAUAGUAUCAAAAUUGAAGAAACACAAAGACAAAGAUAAGUUACAAGAUGGUAUUGAAAUCGAUGUCAGCAAUGUGCUUACGAUCAGUUCUGCACAAAUUAAUGGACAAGAUAAAAAAAAUAAGCAAAAGAAGAAAGACAUAAAUUCAUUAACUGAACAAGAUGCUACAAAUUCAGAUGAAAAAUCAAAAUUGAAAUCUACUGAAGACGAUUCUGAAACAUUUGAUGAGACAAAUUUUGUACACGUCAAGAAUCCUACAGCAUUUUCACAGAGGGAAUUAGUUGCGCGGGCAUUUGCAAACGAUAAUGUUGUAGAAGAAUUUGUAAAGGAAAAACAAGCUAUUAUUGAAGAAGAUGAACCAAAAGAACAAGAUUUAACAUUGCCAGGAUGGGCAAGGGUAAAAAAGCCCAAAAAGAAGAAACUCAUUUUAGCUAAACCUUUACCUGGAGGUAUUGAAGCUUCCAAAAGGAAAGAUGCGAAAUUACAACACGUUAUUAUUAAUGAGAAAAGAAUAAAGAAGACCAAGAAAUAUCUUACUACAAAUAUUCCACAUCCUUUUGAAACACGCGAACAAUAUGAACGAAGUCUACGUACGCCACUUGGUACAGAAUGGAAUACUCAAGAAGUUUUUCAUAAAAUGGUAACACCACGAAUAAUCACAAAAAUGGGAACUAUUAUCGAUCCAUUAAAUGUACCUUUUCAAACUAACGAUCUUGAUGAUAAAUGA